AUUCUUAAUUUCCUCUUAUCUUGAAAGCAUUUAUAGCCUGUAUUCAUAGCAAUAUUAGUUCUUACUUUGUACAGGCAUUUACAUUACAAAAUAAUUUAAGAAAAGUAGUAUGGAAGGCGACGCUGCUGAAAAUACAAAAUCCUUUUCGGGGAUACCAGAAGCUACUUUUGUCGACAAUGUAGAUGAAUUCAUGAAUUUACCAGAAAACUCUGGUGGAGUGGAAAAAGUAUUGAGAAAACUGGAUGAACAGCAUGGAAAAUACAAAUUCAUGGAGUACACAUUAAAUACUAAACGGAGGCGCUUACGUCAGCAAAUACCAGACCUGGCGAGAUCUCUCGAAAUGAUUGAAAAAUUAAAAACUCAAACUGAGGACACUGAGACACAAUUCCUACUAAGUGAUCAAGUAUUUGUAAAGGCUAAUAUCAAGCCAACAAAAUCAGUUUGUUUGUGGCUAGGAGCUAAUGUUAUGUUGGAGUAUACUUUAGAAGAUGCUGAGAAACUACUAACAACCAAUAUGGCUACAGCUAAGAAAAACUUGUCAUGUGUUGAGCAUGAUUUGGACUUUUUAAGAGAUCAAUGGACAACUACCGAAGUGAACAUGGCUAGAGUGUACAACUGGGAUGUGAAGAGACGUCAAGCCGCAAGAGCCUCUAGUUAAUAACUCAAUUAUAGCCUGUAUUCAUAGCAAUAUUUAAAUUUUUACUGUUUUUUUCAAAUAUAUUAUAAUACAAGUAUAAAGUCACAAUAUAUUUAAAAAUUAUAGCAAAAACUGUUGCCUUUUCUAAAUUGAUAUCAAUAUGUUCUUGUUUUAACAUUUUACCAUCAUCAAAUUAGUUUAAACUUUGAUGCAAUUAAAUUGUAAUUAAGUACUAAACAGUUUUUACUUAAUUGCUGAAGACGAAAUUUUAAUAAAAUAAAUAAUGAUCACUAUCUUCA